AUGGAUGAAGAUUAUUGCCUUUGUAGAGCAUUAUGGGCUGACCCACUAUGUAAAAAGAGUUACGCUCUAUUUGGUGAUAUGGUAUCCUUUGAUACCACAAACCAAACCAAUAGAUUCUAUUACAGAUUGUACAACAUGGUGUUUACUCCAUUUACAGGGGUUGACCAUCAUAAGAGCUGCAUUACUUUUGCUGUUGGUUUCAUAGCAAAGGAAGAUAUAGUGUCAUUUAAGUGGUUGUUCAGAUCAUUUCUCAAGGCAAUGGGUGGAAAUGAACCGAAUUGUAUGAUUACAAAUCAAGAUCCAGCAAUGAAAAUUGCUGUUAAAAGUGUGUUUAACAAGACCGAACAUCGCUUCUGUAUGUGGCACAUAAUGAAAAAGUUACCAGAUAAGGUGGAGAAAUUAAUCAUGCAAGAAGAAACUGGUUUCCUAAAAAAAUUAUGUGCUUGUGUUUGGCAUCUUGAAAUUGAACCUGCUGAGUUUGAAGAAAGGUGGAACAAGGUGAUGGUUGAAUACCACUUGGAAGAACAUGAGUGGUUAGGUUAUAUGUACAAGAUAAGGAACAAGUGGAUUCUGAAAGAAAAUGGAUUGGAAGUUGCAAAAGUAAGUGAAGGAAAUCGGAUUAGAACAUUUGAUGUUGUGUUUAAUCCAACUAACUAUGACACCACAUGUUCUUGCAAGCUAUUUUAUAGACAACGAAUUCCAUGUAGACAUAUGAUUUGGGUUUGGAAAGCAAAAAGGUUUGAAACCAUUCCUGAGCAGUAUAUGCUACACAGAUGGACUACUAUGGCACUGAAAAAACCAAUUUUUGACUUGGGUGGAAACUUGUUGGAGCAAUGUGCUAAUUUAAUUGACAAGAAAAAAUUGUUAAAUGAUUUAUGGUCAGAGAUACACACUUGUGUAAGUUUGGCAGAAGGCAAUGAUGAAGAUAUUCAAGAUCUUGUGAUAAAUCUUCAAGGAAUAAGAAAGGAUUUGGAGGCUAAGAGGAUUGCAAGGAAUAAUGAAACAACAGGAAGUGCAAACAACAAAGGACAAGACAUUGAGCUAUUGAUUGGAGCUAGUGUGCCAACUGAAAUAAUUGUCAAACCUCCAAAAAUUUCAAAGAAUAAAGGGACUGGAAUUCAUGUAUCAAAUGUAGAGACUUCAAAAGAGAAAGGGGCUGAGAUUGAUGUGCCAAAUGUUGAAACAUGA